UGUAGAUCUACUUUGCUAUCUCAGUCUAACUUUCUGCUAAAAUAGUGUCGUUUGAUGGUUACCAAAAUUUUGUUAGGCGAUAGACUUAGCAGGUAAUAUUCACAGCUCAAAUGGAACAUACAAAAGAUGGAACAUACCACUAAGGGCAGAAAUGGCAACUCAAUCAACCAAGCAUACUCCUGAAAUCGUUGCCAUCUCUUUUGUGGAUCAAUACUAUCAUAUUUCACAAAAUUUAAUCCAUCUGAUGUAUCGAUUUUACAAGGAAAAUAGUGUUUUAAGUUGGCCAUUGCCAGAUGGUGAAAUUAAGUCUGUGACUACUUCUGAAGGCAUAAACGAAUUCAUCAUUUCGUCUCACUUUAAGAGUAACAAGGUGGAAGUCACAACUACUGACUGCCAAACAUCUGCUGCCGGAGGUGUUUUAGUGGUGGUGACAGGGUGCUUGAUUGGGCAAGAUGAGUCGAGAAAAAGGUUCUCUCAAACUUUUUUUCUUACUCCACAAGAGAUGGGAUAUUAUGUGUUGAACGAUAUUUUUAGAUUUAUCGGCGUAGAAGAAUCUUCAACAAUCGUUGAGGAAAAGGUAGAUGAAAAUGCUGCAGUUGCUCCUUUAGCUACUGAGAGCAAAGCUGAAAAUACUAUUGCUUCAGGCCAAAAAGAAGAACAAGUCGUCGAGACGACUCCAAUCAUUGCGAAUGAGGCUCCGAAAGUUAGCUAUGCUUCAAUGAUAAAGCAAGGUAGACCUUCAUCAUCAACAAAUACACCACACAAGAUUGUAAGUGUUGCUGCAAAUGCUGGUCUACCAUCAAAACCUAAUAGAACUCAAGUCAAUAGCUUUGUUCAGGCUCUGAUGUCUAGUUCAAGUGGUGUGGAGAAACUUACAGCUCUUCCAACCAAUGUUGCACAAGACAAUUAUGAUGAUAUCCAACAUAAAUCGAUAUAUAUUGGAGGAUUGCCAUCAAACACAACACGAAGUGAUCUCCAUGCUGUUGUCAAAGAGUUUGGAUCAGUUCAGAUUCAGGACGUUCAACUCAAAACUUAUGAGGAUGGAUAUUGUUGCGGUUUUGUACAUUUUCAAGAUGCAAUUUCUGCUCAAAAUGCUGUCCAAACUCAUCACAUUAUUGUGAAGGGUAAAGAGGCUUACAUAAGAUUCAAGAGACCUAACAAAGGUCGCAGCGAGAGAACAAACUCUCCAUCGGACAGUGGGGAGAAGGUUACCAGUAGUAGAAAUACAUGAGGAGGGAUAAAAGAGGUGGUGGCAACUAAAGUUGGCAUACUUUGGCCGAACAUGGAUUAUAACAAAUAAGAAAAGACUUGGUGAUGUUACCAAAUUGUCUUUUAUUACAAAAUUGUAGUACUACUACUAUCUUAAAUUAAGUGGGAUCAAUAAGA